GAAGGUUUGGUGGAAAUGCUCUUAUACAAGUCAUUUUGCAUAGUAUCAUAUUUCAGCACUGGAAGAACCCAAGAGCGAACUCGCAUAAAACGAAAACCUCUGUGCGUAGGGUUUAGCUUCGAUAAUCUCUAGAUAUCGAAGAAAAUUCCAUUGAGGUCUCGGCGAAUCUGCGAUAAAACUACGUUCAUUCUAGAAUUUCGAAUCUCUCAGUCAUCAUGGCUCGUGAUCCAAACAAUGCAGUGAUAGUCCCGAAGAAGAAGAAUGAGAUGAAGGACGAAGAUCUUUCGGAGGAGGAUUUGGCUUUGAAGAAGCAAUUGGAGUUGUAUGUGGAGAGGAUUCAGGACUCCGAUGCGGAUUUACAGGAGGCUGCCCUUCAGAGUAUGAGGCAGGAGAUACUGGCCUCAACCAGCUCUAUGACUUCAGUUCCAAAGCCAUUAAAGUUUUUGCGUCCACAUUAUGCAACUCUAAAAGCAUACUACGAUAGAAUGGCAGAUUCGGAUCUGAAGUAUUUACUAGCAGAUGUACUUUCAGUUUUGGCCAUGACCAUGUCUGCAGAAGGAGAACGGGAGAGCUUAAAGUACAGGUUGUUGGGCUCUGAAGGUGAUAUAGUUUCAUGGGGCCAUGAAUAUGUGAGGAACUUAGCUGGAGAAAUAGUAGAAGAGUAUAUGAAGCGACAGAGUGAAGACUUGUCUGUUGAUGAUCUAAUGGAGCUUGUAGAACAAAUUGUUGCUUUUCUCAUGGAGCACAAUGCCGAAUUUGAGGCUGUAGAUCUUCUGAUGCAGGUUGAAGACCUUUAUUUGGUACUGGAGCACGUGGACAGUACGAACUAUAAAAGGACAUGCCUGUACCUCCUCAGUGCAGAUAGAUACAUUCCUGAUACAGAUGGUGUGCCAGUUCUAGAUGUUGUGUUUGCAAUUUAUCUAAAAUUUGAAGAGUACCCAAGUGCACUUCAGAUUGCUCUAUUCCUUGACAACUUGCAGUAUGUGUAUCAGAUUUUUACGACUUGUGAUGAUCUGCUAUUAAAGAAGCAAUUUUGUUACAUUCUUGGUCAACAUCGUAUAACUUUUGUUCUCGAUGAAGAGAUGUCUGGAGACGAUGAAUGCAGGGAGACAUUGCAAGGAAUUAUCAACAACGGCAAGUUAAGUGAAGGUUAUCUUAUGCUUGCUCGUGAUAUAGAGGUCAUGGAGCCCAAAUCUCCCGACGAUAUUUAUAAGGCACAUUUGCUCCAUGGCCGGGCUAGUGCUGGUGCAAGUGUUAAUUCAGUCGGCAAGAACUUGGCAGAUACAUUUGUUAAUGCAUUCGUGAAUGCUGGCUUUGGUCAGGACAAGUUAAUGACAGUUCCAUCUGAAGCUUCAAGUGGUGGUUCUUCAGGAAACUGGGUCUUUAAGAAUAAAGAACAUGUAAAAGCCAGUGCUGCAGCAAGUCUGGGUAUGAUUCUGCUUUGGGAUGUUGAUUCUGGACUUGCCCAAAUUGAUAAGUAUUUCCACAGUGAUGACAAAAAUGUCAUUGCUGGUGCAUUGUUAGGAGUUGGUAUCUUGACUUGCGGUGUCGAGCAUGAAUGUGAUCCCGCAUUGCGACUUCUUGCUGAUUAUGUAGAUAAAGAAGAUUCUUCUAUCAAAAUUGGUGCAAUAAUGGGUCUGGGCCUUGCUUAUGCUGGUGCCCAAUGUCCGCAAAUCCGUAGUAAAUUGUCUCGUGUCCUUGAAGAUAAGAAAAUGCCUCUGGAUGUGAUUGUAUUUACUGCAAUUUCAUUGGGUUUGGUGUAUGUCGGUUCCUGUGAUGAAGAUGUUUCUCGGACAAUUAUAUCUGCAUUAAGACACCGAAGUGUGUCUGAAUUAGGGCAGCCCCUCACUCGUCUUUUGCCUCUUGGACUCGGCCUUCUAUAUCUUGGGAAGCUGGAAAUGGUGGAGGCAACUUUACAGAUUUCAAAGACAUUAAAUAUGAAAAUUAGGAAACAUUGUUACAUGACCGUAUUUUCCUGUGCUUAUGCUGGGACUGGGGAUGUGCUCAAGGUCCAAUACCUACUGGGUCAGUGUGCCCAACAUCUUAAGAGGGGAGAAACCCACCAGGGACCGGCUGUACUUGGAAUUGCUAUGGUAGCAAUGGCUGAAGAAUUGGGUCUUGAAAUGGCUAUUCGCUCUUUAGAGCAUCUUUUACAGUAUGGAGAGCAGAAUAUCCGAAAGGCAGUUCCUUUGGCUCUUGGUCUCCUCUGUAUAUCAGACCCUAAGGUAAACGUUAUGGACACAUUAAGCAGACUUAGUCACGAUACAGAUAUAGAAGUAGCAAUGGCUGCCGUCAUCUCCUUAGGUUUGAUUGGUUCCGGGACCAAUAAUGCUAGAAUAGCUGGCAUGCUUCUCAAUCUUUCGAGUUAUUACUACAAAGAACCUAGGCUUCUCUUCUGUGUACGAAUUGCUCAAGGUCUUGUGCAUUUGGGGAAAGGCUUGUUGACUCUUGCUCCAUAUCAUUCUGAGCGCUUCUUGCUAUCCCCGACGGCAAUGGCUGGAAUAUUAACCAUGCUUCACGCAUGUCUUGAUAUGAAAUUCACCAUAAUGGGGAGAUAUCCUGUUAUUCUUUAUUUCCUUGCUUUGGCAAUGCAGCCAAGGAUGCUGAUGACAGUGGACGAAAACCUGAAACCGCUGGCAGUACCUGUUCGGGUGGGCAAAGCUGUUGAUGUUGUGGGGCAGGCAGGUCGACCGAAGACUAUCACUGGUUUCCAGACCCACUUAACACCAGUUCUUCUGGCUGCCGGCGAUAGAGCAGAGCUUGCUACUGAGAAGUAUAUUCCUCUCUCUCCCUUUCUUGAAGGCUUUGUCAUUUUAAAAGAAAAUCCAGAGUACUGUGAAGAUCAUUAGCUGUGUAUUAAUUAGGAUACAAGUGGAGCUGUUUCGAUUAAAAAAUUCAACCGAGUUCAGAUGUAUAGACAUGGGGUUUUGUUAGGUCCAAUCUUAUUUUGGGACGAUUGGAUUUGGACUAGGCUCAAGUCCAACACUAAUGGAAUUUCAGCCAAUGAUGGCCUGUUGGUUGGGCUUAUACAUGCUAUGUACCCAGAAUUUUAUGCAUGAAAUCAUGUAAAUAGGUUUAUAUUUUUCAUAUACUUUUAAAUUUUGAAGGUAAUCAAAAUUUUGUUAUGGUCACUCGUGAGAUUCAACCAGUUCAAUGGGAAGCAAUUACAUUCUUUGUUGGUUUUGA